GGCUGGGAAGCGGCGCCAUAUUGGCGUCGGCCGCGCUGUAUUGUCAUAAAUAGAGCCGGUUUUGUGGUGUUUUCACUACUUGGUUGGAUGCCUCGGCCGUAGUAAGUGAGGAAGUGGGCGAGCAAGCGACCUACAGGCGACCGGAGGAAAGGGGACAGGGCCAGAAGGGAAGAGCAAGAACGGGACUCCAGAGCGAAAGACACUCGCCGGUGAGGGAGACGCAGGAAGCGAUGAAAGAAACAUCUGCAAAUACUGUGUUGGACAGCCAGCGUCAACAAAAGCAUUAUGGAAUCACCUCUCCAAUUAGCUUGGCAUGUCCUAAAGAAAUUGAUCAUAUUUAUACACAGAAAUUAAUCGAUGCCAUGAAACCAUUUGGAGUAUUUGAAGAUGAGGAAGAAUUAAACCAUAGGCUGGUUGUUCUCGGUAAAUUGAACAAUUUAGUAAAAGAAUGGAUUUCCGAUGUCAGCGAGAGUAAGAAUCUCCCGCCUUCUGUUGUGGCUACUGUUGGUGGUAAAAUUUUCACAUUUGGCUCCUAUAGGCUUGGAGUACACACCAAAGGAGCUGACAUUGAUGCACUUUGUGUAGCUCCAAGACAUGUAGAGAGAUCAGAUUUUUUUCAGUCUUUUUUUGAAAAAUUGAAACAUCAAGAUGGCAUUAGAAAUUUAAGAGCUGUAGAAGAUGCCUUUGUACCUGUUAUAAAAUUUGAAUUUGAUGGAAUUGAAAUUGAUCUAGUCUUUGCAAGACUGGCAAUACAAACCAUAUCAGAUAAUUUAGAUCUAAGAGACGACUCGCGACUGAGAAGCCUUGAUAUAAGGUGUAUUCGCAGCCUAAAUGGAUGCAGAGUUACUGAUGAAAUUUUACAUUUAGUGCCAAAUAAAGAAACUUUCAGACUUACCCUAAGAGCAGUCAAAUUGUGGGCAAAACGACGUGGCAUAUAUUCCAACAUGCUGGGAUUCCUUGGUGGUGUCUCCUGGGCAAUGCUGGUUGCAAGAACUUGCCAGUUAUAUCCAAAUGCAGCAGCUUCUACUUUAGUUCAUAAGUUCUUUUUAGUUUUUUCCAAGUGGGAAUGGCCAAAUCCUGUGCUACUGAAGCAACCAGAAGAAAGCAAUUUGAAUUUGCCUGUUUGGGAUCCUCGGGUAAAUCCAUCAGAUAGGUAUCAUCUCAUGCCCAUAAUCACCCCUGCCUACCCACAACAGAAUUCUACGUAUAAUGUGUCCACAUCAACUCGAACAGUAAUGGUAGAAGAAUUUAAACAAGGUCUUGCAGUCACAGGUGAAAUUCUUCAAGGGAAAUCAGACUGGUCAAAACUACUUGAGCCACCAAAUUUUUUUCAAAAGUACAGACAUUAUAUAGUAUUGACUGCCAGCGCAUCAACAGAAGAAAACCAUCUAGAGUGGGUUGGAUUAGUAGAAUCUAAAAUCCGAGUACUUGUUGGAAACUUGGAACGGAAUGAAUUUAUUACACUUGCUCAUGUAAAUCCCCAGUCAUUUCCAGGAAAUAAGGAACAUCAUAAAGACAACAAUUAUGUAUCAAUGUGGUUCCUUGGAAUAAUUUUUCGAAGAGUAGAAAAUGCAGAAAGUGUUAACAUAGACUUGACGUAUGAUAUACAAUCAUUUACUGAUACAGUGUACAGGCAGGCAAACAAUAUAAACAUGCUAAAGGAGGGAAUGAAAAUUGAAGCAACUCAUGUUAAAAAAAAACAACUUCAUCACUAUCUUCCAGCAGAGAUUCUUCAAAAGAAGAAAAAGCAAAGUCUUUCUGAUGUCAAUCGAAGUUCAAGUGGACCGCAGUCCAAAAGAUCAUCUCUGGAUGGCAGUUGUUUGGAUAGCUCCAGAGACACUGAUAACGGAACACCUUUUAAUUCCCCAGGGUCUACAAACAAACCUUCCAAGCCUGAUGUUCCACCUUCAGGAGAAACAGAAAGGAAUAAUGCUGAGCUUGCUGCUGUAAUUGUGGAAAAGCCACUGAGUGUCCUGCCAGCUCAAGGACUAUCUAUUCCAGUCAUUGGUGCAAAAGUUGACUCUGUGGUAAAAGCUGUAUCACCCCCAGCUGUGUGCACCAUUCCUACUGUAGUAGGACGAAAUGUUAUUCCUAGGAUCACAACACCCCACAACCCUGCCCAGGGACAACCACAUCUAAAUGGAAUGUCAAAUAUAACUAAGAAUGUUAUGUCCAAGAGAUCCCAUUCCCCAUCCAUAGAUGGGUCUUCAAAGAGAUUGAAAGACAUAGAAAAGUUUAUUCGACUUGAAUCAAAGUUUAAGGAAUCGCGUGCUGCUGAAAACAGAAAAAGAAAAUCAGUGGAUGCCAUUGGAGGAGAAUGUAUGCCUAUUCCAACUAUUGAUACAUCACGCAAAAAGAGACUACCCAGUAAAGAACUACCAGAUGCAUCAUCCCCAGUUCCAGCGAAUAACAUCCGUGUCAUCAAAAAUUCCAUUCGACUGACCCUUAAUCGGUCUCUGAAAUGAAAAGUCUAGUGUCUAACUUGUACAAAGGAAAACUACUUAGAAGAAGAGCAAGGAAAAGGUACAAAGGAAAACUACUUAGAAGAAGAGCAAGGAAAAGGUAAUGUUUGUUCCAUUAUUCACUUUUUACAUAUCAGAAGACAAGGAUGAAAUCUCCCCAAGUUGUAGCUUUCUUGGCAAAGCUGUUCUCUUAGCUAACCCUUUUCCUUUAUUCAGAUAUUUUGACAUUUGUUCUACAAAUAUUCUAUUCGAGCAAAGAAGAAUGAUUAUGAAAGGACUGAAUAACUGUCAUCUGACUUCAGACUUUGAAAAUUUCUUUAGUAAGGGAUUUUAUUAAAUUUCAUAUGUAUGAUGUGUUUACAUUUCUGUAUUUAAUAUCUAGAUAUUAUCCCCUUCUAUUAUCAGUCUUCAGAGUCUCUUUAAGAAAUAUAUAUAUAUAUCUUUACCCUAUUAUAUAAACAAUCUUUGGGGUGACUAGAGGAGUUUUUCUUUAAUAAGAAAACAAUAGGCCUGACCUCUGUCCUAUAGUAUAAUCAUUUCUCUUGUUUUAAGGGUCUAUUCAGCAUGAGGUUAAGACAGCCAGUGGUUCAUGUUAGACUCCUCAGAGAUAGAUAGCAUUUUUCAACCUAUUUGGUAACCUAUUAAGAUGGUGGGUUUGGUCAGAAAUGAAGUGUUUUCUAUCUGAACAGUAGGUAAAAUGCUCAGUACAUUCUGUUACCAUUGUAGGAGCUCCCCACUGUGCUGGUUCCAAGUAAAUAAAAGGGAAAGUAUGGUCUGGGUUGCAUGUAUGUUCAGAACACUAAGUAGAGACAUUUGAUUUUAGGUGUGAAAACUAUACCUAGAAAUAUAUUUUUAUAAAGUCAGAUAACAUAUUCUUCAUUAUGUAGAUACAUUCAUUUUCACAAGGGAAUUAAAUUUUAAUCUGCUCACUUUUUAGUGACUGGCUCUGAAAAAUAGUAUGUUAUCAAAGGAAAACAAUUAUCUGCUAGUUUAACCUUAGGGACAAUUUGAAAGACAGGGUACAUGGCUUAAAACCUUGUAAAAUUGGGGCAGGAGAAUGAAUUUUAAGAGACUAUAUUGGUGCUAACAAUAAGAACAACUUUGUCUUAAGGCAGUGAUUUAGUAACAUUAUUAAAAUGUUUACCAUAGCAGCAAUGAAGUGAAGAUGGGCAAUGUUGAAAUGGGCUAAACUUAUUUUCCACUGUUUCACAGCUUUGAAAUCUGAAUUCCUAACUUGGGUAUCAUGGACCCUAGGAAAUCCUUUGCAAAUAUAUAUAAGUAGUGAUUAAUAAACAUUUUACUGAGGGGAUUUCAUAGCUUUCCUCAUCUUCUCAAAAUGGUCCAUGACCCUAGAAAAAGGAGGGGUCCAGAAUUGAAUAAUCCCAGAUAUUUGGGCAUAAGAUUUUUCUGUGGUAUAUUUCUGAAAAUUAACUGUGGCUCUUAAAUAGUAAAGUGGGCUGAUGGAGGAUGCUGGAACACCAAAUUUCUAAGUUUCUUUAUAUAUUUCAGAUGAAACUUCAUCAGUAUUUAGAAAAACGCUUACCAUUGGAUUUAUAAAUAUCCUCAUGUUUAGAAUCGUCAACAGGGUCAAACUUCAGUUUAAUAAAUUUCAACCUAAGAUUGAUUAGAAUAGCUCAGAAUGCCCAUUAGCAAUGGUAAAAAGUAGAAUUAAUCAUUAAACAUCCUAAUGCUUUGUUUUCAGCAGCAUUAAAGUUCUCUUGUUCCUCCAUGUUCAGACCAGAACAGACUGAACAGACCAAUAAAUAGAACUUUAGUUUAAAAAAUAUUUUUUAUAAAUAAAACUGUAUGUGUGUUUCAAUGAUUAACUACCUAUUAAAUCUUCCAAAGCUUAGAAUUUAGGUCAUGAUGAUAGUGAUAAGUAGUGCAGAUGAUGGAAGAAAAUCAGUCUCAAUAACGGUAACUAUGGAUUUUUAAAAAGAAUUAUACAAGGUCAGAUCCUUCCCAAAUUCCCUGUUUUUUUUUCUGAAAUAAUUUUUGAUAUUUUAUAUUUGAAGUUAGUUGAACAGAAGAUUAUCAUCAGACUUACUAUAAUUUUAAGCUGUUGCUACAUUUUAGCAAAGACCCACAUAAUUACCUUAUAAAGUACUUAGGAUAUCUUUGAGGUAAAUGGUGCUACAUCACUCCACAGUGUUAUAUAAAAUGAAUACAGCUGCUUUUCCUUUCUAGGUAGCUGUUUGUAUAGUUCAUAUUCAUUUUUCCUGCCCUUUAUUUGCAUUGUCUUAUUUCUUAGUUGUACACAUGAGCCUCAUUAUUUGUCUGGAAUAAGUAAUCAAAUAAACUUGCUUUGAUAAAUA